AUGACCCUUGUUGCUCAGUACUGGAGAUUCAUUUCAGCAACAACUUUGCCCAAAGUAAGCCCAUUCCUUUCUCUAUUGCUGGAUACUGAUGAACUUUUGCAGUUUUUCAGUCCUGAGGAAACCCACUUUCUGGGUCACACAGACAGAAUACCACCAUUCUGGAUUUUGAUUGGAAUUCCACCCAUGUGUUUCCAUUUUAAUAGUAUUUUUCUCAUCCAUUACUCUAACAUCAUUUUCCACUCAUGGCAAUCUACUCUGAAGGAUAUGAUUGGCAAACCGAAACUGUGGUGCACAGUCCAGCCUCCCAAAGGCUGGGAAGAGCACAUGUUUGGCCUGAGAGAUAGAAGACAUUCCUUGACACCUCAUCCUUCCAUUGCAAACACCCCAAUGCUCCCUUCCCCUUCCCUGUGCCUGGACGACCAAAUCCAUGAUGUGGACUCUGCAAUGGAGGAGGUGGAGGAGAAUCCCAACAACAAUGAAAAUGAGGAUGACCAGCCUUCCAGUAACAAGAACAAGGAUGACCUGCCAUCCAGUAGUGAGAAAGAGGAUGACCAGCUGCCCAGUAGCAAUGAUUAUGACAAGGGUUCCAAUUACAAUGAGAAUGACAAUGACAAUGAGGAGAUGGAGAGCUCGAGCAACUCCCAUGAUGAUGAUGAUGCAUGUGCUCGCAAUGCUCAGACCAUUUCUUGUGCCCAGUCCCUGCUUCCCCCAUCCUUGCCACCCACAUAUGAGUCUGAUGACUCUGCCCAUCCUGUAGGGGAUGUUGUCCAUCCUCACCAAGGUGGCCUGAUCUAUACUAGACUUCAGAAGAAGGGCAAAGGUAGGGCUAUAGGUGCUGAGGACAUUGAUGCUGCAAACCACAGUGACCAUGACACCCAACUCCUGAACCUCAAGAAGCUGGGGAAUCUGUCCACAGCAGCAUUAGAUGAAAUACAUGCUUUUGCAAAGGAUGCUUCUCAUACCAAAAUUAAUGAGGCCAAUCUCUUCCACUUGUGGUAUUGGGCCAUGCAGCCCAAACCAGAUGGUGCUAGUCAAAAUUCAAUCAACAAUUUGAUUACAAAGGAGUACAACACCCUCAUGAUAGGCAUCCCCAAGGAUGACUUCACAGCAAGGAGGGAAAAGUUAAAAGCCAUCUAUGAGUGGACUAGAGUGGACAAUGCAAAGACACAAUUUUCUGGAUUGGCAGAGGCAUGGUCCAAUCUCAAGGAUAUUGAGAUAGUUGGAGCAGUAAUGUAUGUUGGACAGGACCCUGCAGGAUGUCAAACUUCUGGCAUAUUUGGAGGUUCCAAGAUGAUGAGAAACUUCAUCAAUGAAAAUGGCAUUGAUGUCCAGUCACUCAUGGAUAAGUAUACCAUGAUUUUCAAGUGUCUCAGGAAUGGCAAUGGUGCAGAUGCCAGGGUGGCUGGCACUGGUUCCAUUGGAGAUGUGGGUUCUGUGCUGGAACUACAUUGCUGUACAAAGGAGACUCCAAGAGACCACAACCACAGAGUAUCCAGAAGCAUGAUGAAGGAGAAGAUGUUGGCUGCAUUGAGAGAUCUGCAUGUCACACAUGGCAUUGAAGUUGGUGAUCCCCAGAGAGUUUCCUGGCACUGGCUUCUCGAGUUUUUGUGGAAGAGCCACCUCACUAUUGUCAACUGGCCCCAUGGUGUAUCUCCACCAGGCCCUGGUUUCAAGUACAAAAAACUGGGUCUUUUGUAUGAUGGGCAAACUGAUGAUGAGGAAGAACAAGAUAGUCUGGAUGAUGUGCUGGAAAUUGAGAUGAAGUGCUGGAACAAAGCUACCGAUGGUACUGUUUUGCAGCAGAUCUCAGAUGAUCCAGAGUGGCAGAAGUCCCUCAAGGAAACAGAUCACCAGCAGCAAGGCACAGAGGUCCUUCAACAGCCACAACCCCAACUGCAGCAACAACUCCCUUUUCCCUCUCAGAAGCAACCCUGUGUGGAGGCAUCAAAUUGCAAUACUAUUGGUCCCCAGGAUGUGCGCCCCAUUGGACAAGAUUCAUGUCAUGACCUGUCCACAAUUCCAAGCAAUGUGCACACUCGAGAGCCUGGCCCAUCCAAGCCUCCUGUGCUGGCUCUGUGA